AUGGUUGACGUCAACGCUACCAGAGCAACUUUGAAGAAGAUCAAAGACUCCUCAUCGUUAAAAACCAGGAAUGAAGACAACUCGGUCGCAAACUCUCUUAUACCCGGUGGUAACUCAGGAUGUAAUGUCGCUACCUCAGACGCAUCUACCCAAGCCAAUAAGGGCAGCAGCAACGUCCAAGCCUUAAACAGCAGCCUCACAAACCCCGGAGACGGGAGGGCAGGAGUUUUGAUCAGCGAUGCCAUUGCAGCGCCAUCCAUCAUGACUGAGAGACAGCAGAUGUGGGACAGAGCGGUUACUGCGCAAGAGUCGGGAGAUAGAGACUUGGCAGAGAUGCUGUUCAAAGCGAUAGGUUGUAUCGGAACAAACGCUCCAAAACAAAUCUCAGACGCGGGCAUAUUUGCCAGACCUGUCAUGAUCAAUUUGGGAGAAAUAACCUAUCUAGGCGCCAAAGAAGUCACCGCGACACAACCAGCUACCAGACCCCAUGUGGAAUCUCAAGAGCCAGAAAAAUUCUUCCUGACUGAAGGAGACCUGGUGUACGCUAUUGGGUCAGUUACCAACCACAAUAGCGUUGGUUUCGCCCCAUUCCUUGACGAGAAUAUACGGAAGCUGCGUUCACCGCUACCCUUGACAAUCUUCAACCAAAAAUGGCAGCAAAGAGCCAUGGCCCACCAUCUAGACCAACGCCAGAGAUCCGACGACUUGUCAGCUGACAAGGACAAAUCUGGCGGCUAUAAAGGUUUCUCUUUCGUCCAAGAAUGGACGCAAACCUACGCCCAGUGGACCUGCAACCAUAGAGCCUUUGCAAAGACACUCCACGACGUGUACAAGAUAAUAAAAUUCUCAAAAUUAUUAGCAACACACAAGAACAAUUGCGAUGAUAUAACAGAAGAAUUUGGCUUCAUGGUCGCCUUCAGAUACGAUAUGGAAGUCAGAAGCAACACGUUCUCUCAUAGAAUAACCAACGAAGACGUUAAGAACGCAAUCCCGGAUAUUUCUCAACGGAAGGAGUCGGUAGUUGAGCAAUGUUAUAACACAUGCCGCAACUUUGGUGAACUGGAGUGGGAGGAAAACUUGUAUGCCCCAGGCCUUUUGCACAGCAAUCACGACCCGUUAACUGGUUACCUGAAGCCUUUGAGAAACGGCAACGGAUAUCAAGCGUCGCACCACAACAACGCGAUGAUUGCAAAUCCGAACCUCCAAGGCCAGAUCUGGAUGAAUUCUCCUACCAAUGGCUACAUGAACAGUAACAUGAACGGAGGCUAUAGCUACAAUCCCAGAGCUAAUCACCACGCCAACGGUCAAGGAGGAGGUAGCGGUAAUCAGGGCUUCCAAAACGGGGCGAAGAGGCCACGAGGUGGUUAUAAAGGCGGUAACUAUACAGAAGGCUACGGUAACAGAAACGACGGCGGCCAAGCGAGCGGGAAAAAGAACAACCACAACAAGCAUCCAUUGGAUAUUGUGCAAUCAAGCCGCCCAUUUGCAGAGUCAGAUGAUAACCCUAAUGCACGGAUCGAGUGGCCCCAAGGGGUCAAAUGUGAGAUGAAUAUAGAACUUUGGGAAGAGGCCUUGCAAAAAGCAGGCAUUCUAUCUAAAUAUGAAGAUGUUCUUCUAGGUUUCCGAAACGGUUUCGACCAAGGGAUUCCAACUCACAAGAUUCAAGGCAUGCCUUGGUUCACCCCUGAUAACCAUUUAUCUGCAAGAUUAGCAGAAGAUAAAAUCAGGGAUUCAAUGAAGAAAGAGCUUGCCGCUAACAGGAUGUUCGGGCCCUUCACAAUUGAGGAGGUGAAAUCAAAGUUUCAAUUCUUUAGGACUAGCCCGCUCGGGGCGGUAGUUAACGGCGACAGUUACGUUAGGCCUAUCAACGAUCUGUCUUUCCCGCACGGGGAUCCAUUAAUACCAUCAGUAAAUUCGUUCGUGAACAAACACGAUUUCGAGACAACAUGGGAUGAUUUCAAUGAAGUUUCUUCUUUCUUUAAGCUCUCAGAAGGACCGCUCCUUUUGGCCUUGUUCGACUGGGAAAAAGCGUAUAGGCAGAUCCCAACUCAUCCGUCACAGUGGCCAUACCUGAUGGUUAAAGGAAUGGACGAGAACCUAUACCUAGACACUAGGAUUACCUUUGACGGAGUCGCAGGUUGUGGAUCUUUUGGGAGACCAGCGGACGCAUGGAAAGAAAUAAUGUUUGCAGAAUUUGACCUGAUCAAAGUUUUCAGAUGGGUGGACGACAACCUUUUUGUCAAGAAAAUGGGCUCAAAGACGGAUAUGAUAGAUAUUGUAAACAGAUCAGUCGAACUUGGAGUACUGACGAACUUAAAGAAAUGUUCGACCUUCUCCGAGGAACAAAAAUUCAUCAGCUUCUUGUGGAACGGAGUGACAAAAACAGUACGCCUCCCAGAAGAAAAGCUAGAACAAAGGAAGAAGCAGAUCCUCGAAUUCCUAGACAAGACUAGAAAAUUCUCAUUUAACGAGGUAGAGGUGUUGACGGGUCGUCUAAAUCAUGUGUCAUACAUGUUACCUCAGCUCCAAUGCUAUUUGAGGAGCCUCUAUAGGUGGAUGUGCGACUGGUUUGACUUGGACGCAAAAAGGUUCUCACCUGAAGAUGUCUUACUAGAUCUGGGUCGAUGGAUACAUACAUUGAAUAAUUUCAAACACAGUCGACUUAUUUCCUCAGCCGACCCGGUUGAUAUCGGUUGGGUAGGCGACGCAUCAACUAGUUUCGGCAUAGGAGUCUUAAUUGGGAAACACUGGAGUCAACUCCGGAUCAUUCAAGAUUGA